AGCUUAGGCAGGCAAUUUAUUGAAGCAUCCUUGUUGCAAAGGCAUAUUUUGCCGAGGAUAUGUCACUUAAUGGCUUCUAAUCUAUCUCAUCUAGAGGAAAUGAGCCCAGACGACAUCCCUAAAAGCAUCAUAGUGUCAGAUAUUACUCCGGGUACCAAAGAAGAAGCUAUUGUUAUUCACUUUCAGCAGCGUAAACAUGGCGGCGGCGAUGUGAUGUCGGUGAAAUUCGCCCAAGAUGGAGACCGGGCAGUAAUCACAUUUGAAGAAGAGGAAAGUAGGUGCUUUAUAACGAAAUAAUUUGGCUUUAAACGCUUAAAAAUGUUACAUAUUCAUAGAUGUAGGCUAUGUACUCGUUAUAUUCAAUCAUCCACAAUAGGAUAUUUGUGUUUAACUUCUAAAGUGCACUCUCUUUGAUUCAGAUGGCGUUCAUGUCCAUUUCCUGGUUCAUUAGUUCGUUAUUUUUGUGUUUAACCGAAAUCUGUUCAAAGGAGUCCGGUUACUUUUCACAUCGGACCUCAAUUUUGAAAGGCGCUCAUAAUCUCUUACGGCUGUUCAAGUUUUCUGACGAGUAAACAAAUGAGAACAAAAAAUUGGUGAUAAGAAACAAAGAUGCAGGAAAAUGAGAGCAAUAAACAGUUUAAAACCGGUCAAGUCCGAUAAAAUAUUUUAUCAUAAACCGAUGAUUUAAUAUACUAAUCACCGAGUGUAUGUCACUACGUUUACUUACGACAGUCUCAGAUUAUGGCAAUUUAUCAACAUUCUGGGAGCAUGAUCGAUAGUUUUAUUUCUCACUAUAUAUAGCUGUGGAAACAGUUUUAAAGGAAGAACACAAGAUUGAAGGUGUGGUGGUUAAGGUUGAUCGGCUACCAUGCAAAAGGAAAGUGAUCAAUGACGAGGUAUGAUAAAUUUGCGAUUUGCUCGGUAUCACUACAUCAGGCAUGGUUGUUGAUCAUUGUCGACUGUCACGCAACGAUUUUGCGUGACGAUAUAGAUGUUUUCGUGGAGAACAUAUGCGCAGGGGUCAACAAGAGAUACAGCUAAACUUGCAUUAAGGGGAAUGGCGAAGUGACCACUUAAAAAUAGCUUCCACAUAAAAAGGGUAUUAAACAGAAACAAUAAAAAACGUCAUUUAUGCCAUGAUUGAUCACUAAAUAUACAAAACUCGCUUAAUACUAUCGAUAUCGGGAGAUAGAUGUGAAUUAAAUUUUUCUCGAAAGAUUAUUCUUAGUUUUAUUUGAGUGGUCCCGCCUUAAGUGACCGUUCAAUACUGGUGGAAGAUAAUACAAACUGGUCGCCGUGACUCAGCAAAGGGUAACCACGACCGCUUAAUAACGAUGUAAAGGUGUUUUUAUGGGGUAAAAAUGUCGAGACUAAGAAAACUGACCGCUUAAUACAGGGUGACUGUUAAUACGGUGCCGCUAAAUAUACGUUCGGUUAAAGUAAGGUAAACAGUUGGUAGACGCUCUCGCUACCCUCAUGAUAAAUCCCGAGCAAGGUUGGUUGUCAUCUCAUGUGAUCUGAGGUUGUUGAGUUGACUUCUUGGUUUCUCUGAGUAGGAAGCUUUAUUUUAGAAGGCGUGUGUGAAGAAGAUCUUUUUGUAGCGAGUUCCAUCCUCACCUUAAGAGUAGCUUUUAGAAUAGGCGACACUUUUUGCAUUCUUAGAGUGAGCGAAGACGAAAGUGAGGCUAGCACGAGAAGCGAGACAUACGCCAGGAGAGGAGCCGUUUUCGAUAGGUUUAUACUUAACAUACUCUAUGUUAUGCUCAACUAUUUACCGACGAUAUUAUUGUUUUCAGAUAUUUUGUCAGGUUACAGCAAAAUUUGAUCCCGUCUUGUUGGGCAUUCCACUAAAAGGGGCGAAACAGAUUUUGGAGAAAAUAAUGGUGGCCACAGAUGUGUCCGUUCGGAGCGAUGACAAAACGUUUUUUAUAUCAGGUACCUUGAAACAAAUUAAUGAUUGCCACCUCCAAAUAACAAGGUUCUUAAACGAAGACCAAGAAAUUUUUGCGCAACUAGCCAAUCUUCGCCUGACGGCCAAAGACCCUGUCGAAGGUAGUCCCGAAACGAAGGUCAUCCCUAUCAACGAAGUCAACAGCGCCGAUCAGGAAGGACGUGUACAUCUCACAAUAGAAGCACAACGGUUUCAAGUAGAUCCAUAUGCCUUCCGUUUUAUGGAGAGGUUUUACGGAGACAAGUUAAAUGAAAUCAAUGGAGAAUUUCUUGUGGAAAUUACCGCUUCGGAUGACGGUACUCGAGUUAUACUUCAGGCUAAACAGAACUGUGAUCCCACAAGAUUUAACACUGCUUGCAGUGAGCUUUCAGAACUUAUCAAAACUGUCACCCAGGGUAUGGUUAUCAAUGAGCUGGACUUAAAAGGUGCAGACGAGGAUUCAGCUAAAGUUUUAAUGGAUUACAUUGGAACUAUGUACCCAGUAAUCAUUGACCGGCCCCACGAACACGGUCCGUUUUUUGUGUAUGGUGAUGCUGGAUCUGUAGGAGAAGCCAGGCGAACUGUGGAAGGAGGAAUGAGUCAACAGGAAAGUUACGAUACUGGCCUUGGUACUCAUGAAAUGGUAAUGGCAGCACCAGAAAUGAUUUCUUUUGAAACCUAUAAUUAUCGAUCAGAAAAUGGUGUGUGUAUCUCCCUUCGUUAUGGAGACAUCACUGCCGAGGAAGUUGAUGCAAUCGUGAAUCCUGCGAACGAAUUUUUGUCCCACGGAGCUGGUCUUGCAAGGCUGAUCGUCCAAAGAGGUGGGCUCGAAAUCCAGAAGGAUUCUGACACGUUGAGGCGAAAACGCGGCUAUCAAGCGCUACACGUUGGAGACGCUGUGCAUACAGUCGCUGGAAAUCUUCCCUGUAAGUUUGUCAUUCAUGCCGUUGGUCCCGAGUGGGCUAAACACUCACAUACGGAAAAUAUGAAACUUCUAGAGAAAGCGUGCCUUCAGAGUCUUAAACUGGCGUCUAAACUCGGUUUAUCAUCCAUCGCCAUACCAGCGAUAAGCUCCGGUAUCUUUGGUGCACCUAUUGAUGUGUGUGCCUUUGCCAUGUUAAACGCAGUGGAGGAGUAUCUCAGGAUGGCGGCGGUUACGAAAAAAGAAGAUGCAAAGAAAAAAGGGUCAAAACGAAGUAAUAAAAACAAAUACAAACAGAUAAAAAGAAAAUAUCGACGAAGCCGCCGAAAGACAUACCAAGCAAAACUACCGAUGAAGAAAAGGAGCGAGCAAACCCAAAAGCCGUUCUAAACGAUAUUCGUUUUGUUCUCAUUGACGCUGACUCAAUGGAUAUCUUCCAGAAGCAGUUCAUGGAAAGAUUAGGUGGUAUUAAAGAUGUCAUUACCGAUGACUUUGAUGAUGUCGAUGACGAACAUGAUGAUGAUGAAGUUUAGCGCGAGAAAAUCACGAUACCAAUCUUAAACUAGACUCGUAAAGGGAACUGUCACUGGGGAAGCUUUACUGUGACACAACGUUCUUGAUGAAAAUCACAAUAUCGCUGCAAACACUAUGUUAUCUUCAUCAAGCACUGGCUAGUACCGAGUUAAGAUAGUGUUUUCCUAAGCAACAGUCUUUCAUUCUAUCAUCGACAUGGGCCGUUUGACUGAAGGGCAUGGGAUAAAGGCGAUUUUUGUGACUUAAUCGGUUAUUGGAAGCUCCAUUGACUGAUGAUCACUAAACAUAUCCUCAUACUAAGCUCACAAGUGAUCAUGAUUGUAUCUACUUUGCUCAAGCCACUCUAUGAUAUUUGUAAUAUAUUUUUACCACCCUUACGAUUCACUUUAAGUUAUGGAAAAUUCAAGUUGUUCGUUACAAAUAGCGCGGUUUGAUAGACCCAUGUACUGACUCUUAGUUGAUUUAGACGAUUUAGUUAACUAUGAAAAGUGGAAGCAAACUCAAACCUAGAUCUGCUUUGUCUCAUGCUAUUCUUAGGUACGGUUGCGCAAGUGGAGCCUGUCGACCAGUCACAUGCAGGAUACCAUUGUACAUACUCAUACCCUACUGUUUAGAAACUAACAGUAAGCCUUUUUCAACAUGAUUCCUGAUCGCUAUUGCGUUUUCCCCUUACACAGUGUGUGAAUGCUAUUUUCAAGGUGCAAAUGCAUGUGGGUGAAAGCCCUUGUACAGCGUUAAGAUAUUCACCUUUUGUCGAAUGAAGAAAAAUAGACAGAGAUACCAAGAUAAGGUUUGGUUGGCUACACAAUUUUUUUGGGUGUAUUUGUUCUCCUAAGUCAAAAACCAAGAAGAAAAGAAAAGGGAUAGUCGUGACGGUUUUAGAUAGUAUCGACGGUAGACUUCGUGUUCACUUAUAUCCGUCAAAUGUAAAAAAAAGCAAGAAGAAAAGUAAAGUGCAGAAUGAAUUAAGGCUAGUUUUAAUUUAGGUCAGCAGUCAAAGCUGUCUAGAAACACUAGGCACUUAAAAUUGUUAGCUUUACUGAAAUUGUCGCCAUGUUCAUUGACAGUUAAGACAUACGCACUUUACAGGGCUAGCAAGUCAUGAUAAAUCGAGGCUAACAACCGAUUUAGACGCCAUGCUGCAUAUUUUAGUGUAUUAUAAUAAACUACUCUUUUCCAUUAAGUAAACUGUCUAGCUACUUUUGAGAUCGUAAUCGGUUUGGUCAUCCGACAAAAACCGUUUAAGCUGAAUUCUUGUACUAUAUUCUUAUGCGAUCGUCUUUUCUAUUGAAAGUCCUUUAACAACAGCCUUAAUGGUCUUAAAUUGCAGCAAUCUCGAUUGCAUUUUGCAGGUUUCGUUUAGCGGCUUGCACGACGGUGGUG